AUGGACAUCAGGGUGGGCCGCAUAGUGAGCUGCGAGAAGCACCCCGACGCUGACGCGCUGUAUGUGGAGCAUAUUGACGUGGGCGAGGCUGAGGGGCCCCGCACCAUUGUGAGCGGCCUGGUCAAGUAUGUGCCGCUGGAGGAGAUGCAGAACCGCGCAGUGGUGAUCAUCGCCAACCUGAAGCCUCGCAACAUGCGUGGCAUCAAGAGCAAUGGCAUGGUGCUGUGCGCUUCCAACGAGGAGCACACGGCGGUGGAGCCGCUAACACCGCCCGAGGGCGCCGCGGUUGGCGAGCGUGUCUGGUUUGGCGAGGCGUCGGAGCAGGGCGAGCCCGCCAAGCCCAACCAGGUCGACAAGAAGAAGAUGUUUGAGGAGGUGCAACCGCUGCUGCGCACUGACGGCGCACGGGUGGCAGGGUUCAAUGGCCAGCAGAUGAUGACCAGCGCCGGCCCUGUGACUGUGGCCAGCCUGGCAGAGGCCCGUAUCUCGUAGUGCAAUCCAGAAGCGGAACAGGAUAUGAGUUUUGAAGGCCUGUUGGUAACUCAAUGC